CGAACUCCCUUCCCACUGAUUACCAGAUUCAAUUUGCAAGUGAGAACUGCCCUGGGUCAGAACAUGUCGAAGAAACGAGGUCUUUCGUUGGAAGAAAAGAGGGAGAGAAUGCUUCAGAUAUUUUAUGAAUCUCAAGACUUCUUCCUCCUUAAGGAGCUUGAAAAGUUGGGUCCCAAGAAAGGGGUAAUCACCCAAUCAGUUAAAGAUGUUGUUCAAAGUUUGGUCGAUGAUGAUCUCGUUUCCAAGGAUAAAAUCGGAACAUCUGUAUACUUUUGGAGCCUUCCUAGCUGUGCUGGAAAUCAGUUGAGGAACGUGAAACGGAAACUCGAAUCGGACCUCCAAAGCAGUAAGACGCGAUACACGGAGCUCGUUGAUCAGUGUAAUGAACUAAAGAAGGGGCGUGAAGAAUCUGAUGAAAGAGAGAAGGCUUUGGCUGAAUUAAAGGAUAUAGAAUUGAAACACAAUGAGCUUAAGGAGGAGAUGGUACAAUUUGCAGAUAAUGAUCCAGCUGCAUUUGAAGCAAUGAAGAAAGCUAUUGAGGUUGCCCAUGGAGCAGCUAACAGAUGGACAGACAACAUCUUCACUGUGAGGCAGUGGUGCUCAAACAACUUUCCUGAAGCCAAAGAGCAGCUUGAACACAUGUACAAGGAGAUUGGAAUCACUGAUGAUUUCGACUACUUGGAGUUGUCGCCUCCGGCUAUUCCACUCCGAGCAGUCGGCGAUGGAGAAAGCAAUACUUAGGUGAGAUCAUGUAUCUUUUCAGUAUACACCUUGAAUUCAAAUAUCAUCUCUCAGUUGUUUAAUUCUAGGCCAAGGGAC